AUGGAUUUAGAUGGUGUAACCACUCUAAUCAAAAUAGUAGAGCAAGACCUUAUGGAGCCCAAAAUACUUUCGGAUUUUGAUGCUAAAGGAAUGAAGGUGUGGCUGCUCGAAACCAUCGAGUUGCUGUCUGCCAAGCUCUGCAUUCUGCAAGCAUUUCUUGAGGAGGGGUGUAAGAUGGAAGCGGGGGAUAGCUGGAUUGAAGAGAUAGUUUCUGAAAUGAUAUGGUGUCCCAGUAGUUGGGCUCUUCGUAGGAUCUUGGAAAUAAUGGUAAGAAAAAUUGAGGAAGAUGAAGAAUGGAUGCUGAUGGUAAAAAAAGGAACUGCUUAUGAGGGAAAGAACAUCAAGAUUUGGGAUACCUACCGAAGUGCUUUAGACCCUGAGGAUGAAUUAAUUGUAGGAAUCCACAGUGAUAUAGAGACGAUAGUUAACCGCCUCUGUUAUUCACACUUUAUGAGAUCAGUUUUCACCAUUUUGAGGAAUAGUAACAUUCACAAGUUCCGGAAAUAUGUUGAAAAGCCUGUCCUGAAACUACAAGUUAUUCCACUCCUUGGGGAAGGAGGCAUAGGAAAAACUACAUUAGCCAAAAGAGUCUAUGGACAUCCAAUUACUAUUGCUAGCUUUGACAUUCGAGCGUGGAUAGUUUUGUCUCAGGUUCCUAACCUUAAAGAGAUUCUCAUUGGUUUAUUACGUUGUAUUUCACCAAUAACAAGUGAAAUCUACACCCUAGACAAUGCUCAAAUAGCUGAGCAAUUACGUACACGUUUGAUGGGCAAGAAGUAUUUAAUUUUCUUGGAUGAUAUAUGGGCCACUGCUGCAUGGGAUGCCAUCCAAGGAUAUUUUCCAGAGAAUUUUAAUGGAAGCCGAAUCUUAGUAACUACUCGGUUCACAAAGGUGGCUGAAUACGUAAGUGCAGAUCCCUACCGUGUGAAAUAUCAAACUUUUUCGGAUUGUUGGGAAUUAUUUUCAAGGAAAGUGUUUGGGCAAAGCCAACGUGCUCCGCAUGAAUUUGUGUCAAUUGGGAAACACAUUGUUUUUUGUUGUGGUAGAUUACCCCUAGCAGUUAUUUUAGUUUCCGGACUUUUGGCGACAGCAAAAUGGUCUCUAGAAAUAUGGAGAGAUGUUGCCCGAAGUUUGGAUGGAGUUGGUAGAUAUGGUGAUAAUAACAAAAGAAUUUCAGAAAUAGUUUCAUUAAGCUACAAGUAUUUACCUAGUCAUUUGAAGGCUUGCUUUCAUUAUUUUGGUGUGUUUCCAGAAGAUUGUGAUAUUCUUGUUAAGAAAUUAAUCAACUUAUGGGUUGCAGAGGGAUUUAUAAAGCCACAUAACAAUAUGAGUUUGGAAGAAGUGGGAGAGAGUUACUUGGAUGAUCUCAUUAAUACAAGUCUAGUUCAAAUUAAAGAGCUAAGUAUUGAUGGCAAAGCUAACUCAUGUAACAUUCAUGAUCGAGUACACGAGGUUUGUGUGAGGGAAGCGAUUGAUGGGAAUUUAUUGUGCAUUAUCAAUGACAACCAUGCUCCAAAGGCUAGUCAUACGAUAAGCUGUCAAACAAGUCAUUGGCCAAUCACUCGAGCGAGUUAUGGGAAUUGCAAUCCUGAUGAAAUCUAUUCUGUUCUCUGGUUUGGUAAAGAUGUAUACCAUUCAAAAUGCAGGUUGGUAUACCCAUGUUUUAAAUUGCUAAAAGUGUUGGAUUUAUCAUUAGUUAAAUGGUCACGAGGCAUGCCUCGUGAAAUAACAGACUUGGUUCAUUUGAGAUACUUGGCUUUAAAUACCAUUGGUACUCUUUACGAGUUUCAAUUUUUCAAGCUUAAGAAUUUGCUAACUCUCACAGUUACUUCAUGGAUGGAAAAAUGUCCUUUGCAACUGCCAUGUGAUAUUUUGGAUUUGCCACAAUUGAGGUAUUUUCAUGUUGACAAGAAAUGUUCACAGUAUCUCCCUUGCUUAGUAAAAAAAGAUCUACAAACUCUUUAUUGGUUGAAAGUUGCUAGCUCCGACCAAAAACCAAACUUCGGAAUGGUUCCAAACCUAAAGGAACUUGGGAUUUUCAUUGAAGGCCAGCUGGAGCCUAGCUAUCUAGGGGGCCUUGUGUAUUUACAUCUACUUGAGAAGUUGAAGUUUGAAGUAGGAAGAGUUGAGCGCUUUUAUCUACCAACAGGUUUUCCACCAAACCUUAAGAAGUUGACACUUCGGUAUACUUAUCUUCCAUGGAAGGAAAUGGACACAAUUGGUGAGUUGCCGCACCUUGAGGUGCUUAAACUAAAAGAUUUCGCCUUCUGUGGUUCAGAGUGGAAAUCAUCAACGUUGUGCUUUUGGAAAUUAAAGGCACUACUCAUUUCACGUUCAAAUCUCAAAUAUUGGAAUGCAAAUUCUAAUCAUUUCCCAGUUUUGGAGCGGCUAGUCUUGAGAUAUUGUUGGGAAUUGGAACAAGUUCCAAUUAAUUUUGCAAAUAUUGGAACGUUGAAGUUGAUUGUGUUAGAAUGUUGUUAUUCUUCUCUUGUGACUUCUGCAAUGCAGAUUUCCUCUGCAAAGGAGUUAUUGUCUAGGGGAGCGACAGAUUGUCAACUUCUUCAUGUUCGUGAAGUUAGAUCUAAGGUUGAAUUGCCAAAUAAUGAAAGCUCUGAAGAAGAAAUUGUAGAAAACUCUAAAGUAGAAAGUGUGGAUAGAUCUGAAGAAGAAAGUGUGAAAAGCUCUAAAGAAAGUGUGGAAAGCUCUGAAGAAGAAAGAGUGGAAAGAUCUGAAAAAGAAAGUGUAGAAAGCUUUGACGAAGAAAGUGUGGGAAGCUCUAAAGAAUUAAGUUUUGGAAGCUCUAAAGAAUUAAGUGUUGGAAGCUCUGAUCAAGUAAGGUUGAAAGCUCGGAAGAGUGUGAGGAAAUAUCUGAAGAAGAAGAAGGUGGCGAAAUCUCUGAAUGCAUUCAAAGAAUUGAAUAGGAAAGUGUUGUAA